AUGUUGGGUCGAGAAACCCCGCCACCCACUAAACUUGCUCUUAAAUUCGGUGCAGAUUUGCCUUCCCCACAAAAUGGUCCUUUUGAAAAUAUCAGCCCUAUUAAAAGCUUGAACCCUUACCAAAACAAUUGGACCAUAAAAGGUUGCGUAACAAAUAAGAGGAAGAUGCAUAAAUAUAACACACCAAAACGCAAUGGGCAGGUUUUUAGUUUUGAUAUUAUAGACGAAGAGGGUUGUGAAAUUAGAAUCACUUCCUUUGACGAAAUUGUUGAAUUACACUAUCAUCGAAUCGAGCAAGGAGCUUCAUAUGUUCUGUCCAAAGGUACAGUGAAAGAUGCAAACAAGGUGUACAAUAAACUUAACAGCCAGCUUGAGAUUAUCUUGACUGAAACUUCAGUUUUGAAGCGUUGUGUCCCUGAUGCUGUUGGGCCUGAUAAAAAAACCCGCUUCACCCCUAUUGAUGAACUUCUCACCACUACCAACAAUACUUUGAUUGAUGUUAUUGGUGUUGUUGUCAAUGUCAGAGAGAUCUCUGUAAUUCGUAGAAAGGAUGGCUCUGUUGUAAACAAGAGAAUAGUAAAAAUAAAUGAUAUGUCAACUUUGACAAUAGAUGUUAACCUUUGGGGCCCAUCCUCAAAACAACUAGGCAAUGACUUAAAGAAUAUGCAUACAUUUGGAACAUUUGUCAUCCUUGCUGUUCAAAAUGCAAGGGUUGGUUAUUUCAAUGGAAAAGUCAUAAAUGCAUCAGCGUCCACAGCUUUUGAAAUCAACCCUUCUAUUCCUGAAGCUGAGCCCCUCCGUUUAAGAGGCCCUAUCCAACAAAGCCUUAAUCCACAUCCUUCAGCUCUCCAUCACAAAAAUAACCAGUAUCAAAGAAUGUCAAUUGCAUCCAUCCUGCAGCACCUUAGCGUUAUGUCUGAAGCCAUUGAGACUACUAUUACAGCUGUGUUGCGCUUCAUAAAGGAAGACCCCUUUUACUAUACAGCUUGCCCAUUGUAA